GAGGUGCCGCCUCCACAUGGAGCCGAGCCUAACCAGCAAGCAACAAACGCCCAGGCUGCAACUCUCAAGAAUACCACGGACAAACGAGCCACGACUUGCGUAUUAAAAGACGGUCGGAAUAUCCCCCUCAAGACUCCUGUUGUCACCGCUUCACCUCUAGAUCACAAGAAUAGAGGUAAAGAGGGCGGCGCGGAGGACUUCUCGGGAGGGGGUCCGAAAGGGGGAAAGCGUCAGUCUUCAUCAUGGCUGGCGCAGCCGAGGAUACCGAGGUCAAGACCUCGGCAGAAGGCGCUCAGGCCUUCAUCGACUGGUACUACGCCAGCGCCAGCGACCGCAAGCCGCUGCGGAGCUUCUACGUCAACGGCAGCCCCAGCUACGCGGCCGCCAGCAUCACGGCCGACAUCAGCGUCAACGGCCUCGUGGUCAAGGACCCGGCCGAGCUGGAGCGCCUGCUCGAGACCCAGGCCAACGGCAGCCGCGUCAAGUACGACAUCGAGGGUUUCGACGCCCACGUGCUCAACCCCAACUUUCUCGUCGCCUGCCCCGACUCCCAGCUGCAGCAGCAACAACAACAGCAGAAACAACAAAACCGCGGCUCGGCCCGCGACAGGGCCGAGCGCGACGCCAAGGUCUCCAUCAUGGCCAUGGUCAACGGCGCCGUCCAGUUCGGCACCGACAAGGACGCGCCUAGGAGGCCCUUCACCGAGGUCUUUGUGCUGGUGCCCAACUGGGAGUCAAUGGGGUCCAAGGCCCCGCGCAAUGCCAAGCGCUUCCUGGUCCUGAGCCAGAACUACCGCGCCAUGUAGGGGCGGGGGCGGACGGAGGAUCUUUUGCUGUCGGCAUCCCAACAUGCCAGCUUAGGGGUUAAUCGCUGCACUUCGCCCGUCGGCUGGACACAAUGACGGUCCCAGCGAACACCAGGGGUUCGGAUUUCAUUGCUUAUCCUCCCGAAUUAUUGGGGAAAGUUCUUUGCUUGACGAGAGAAAAGUUGUUUUUAUACAACACUUUUCCAAAAAAAAAAAAAAAAAAAAAUUCCCUCUUCCGCUCGCAACUCCCUCGCCUAUCUAAUGCCCCUGAAACAAGAACUGCAGUGUUAGCCUCCCGCAAGCAGAAGAACAGACAGCUUGAUACUCUAUCCUCUGCGUCAAAGCGACUGAUAACGGCCUUUCUGCGAUACGAUAUAAAGUAGAAGACUGUU